AUGGCGGCAGAGGAGGGCAACCUGAUCGCCUGCCAGCACGGGCAGGCGGCGCUGGCCGCGCGCCUGCUCAUGCGCGUCUCGGCGGGCAGAACCAGCAGCAACCUCAUCUUCUCGCCGCUGUCCAUCCACGUCGCGCUCGCGCUCAUGUCCGCCGGCGCCGCCGAGGACACGCUCGACGAGAUCCUGUCCAUCGCUGGCGCUCCGUCGCGUGGCGACCUCGAGGCGUUUGUGAAGGGCGUGGUGGUGGAGCGCGUCCUCGCCGACCGGUCCGUCAUCGGCGGGCCGUCCGUGGCCUUCGCGUGCGGCUCGUGGACAGACAAGACGCUGCCACUCAAGCCGACGUACCGCGACACCGUCGUCGGGACGUACAAGGGCGAGACGUGGGCCGUCGACUUCAGGAAUCAUCCAGUGGAAUCGAGAAGGGAGAUCAAUGCGUGGGUGGCCAAGGCGACGAGGAACCUCAUCACGGAGGUCUUGGACCCGUACAGCCCAUCUGAGACCCUCCACGUGGUCGCCAACGCCAUCUACUUCAAGGCCGAGUGGCGCAGCGUCUUCGACAAGGAUGACACCGUCGACGAGGAGUUCCACCUGUUCGAUGGCAGCACCGUCGACGACGUACCCUUCAUGCGGAGGCCGUGGAGGUUCUACCAGCGGAUCGCCUGCCACGACGGCUUCAGGGUGCUCCAGCUGCCCUACAAGUCGUGUGAAGACGACUCGUCGGGGUACUUCAGCUACAAGCUGCGGGAGAACCUCCCGGAGUUCUCCAUGUGCGUCUUCCUCCCUGACGAGCACGACGGCCUGUGGGGCCUGGUGGACAAGUUGACGUCGCGACCAGAGUUCCUGCGCGAGCACCUACCGACGAGGCACGUCCCCGUGGGGAAGUUCCGGCUGCCCAAGUUCAAGCUCACCUACAUGGCCAGCAUCCGCGGCGUGCUCCAAGACGUGGGCCUCCGGCUGCCGUUCGACCGCUUGCUAGCAAACAUGACCGAGAUCGUCGGGGACGAGGAGUCGGGCGCCAUGCAGCUGUGCGUGGACGAGGUUGUCCACAAGGCCGUGGUGGAGAUGAACGAGGAGGGCAGCGAGGCAGCCGCGGUGACGGUGGAGUCCGACGAAGAACUGGGCUUCUCCCUCUGCGAUGAUUAUGAUGUGCCCAGGCCAGAACCGGAGCCAACCGUGGAUUUCGUCGCCGACCACCCGUUCGCCUUCUUCAUCAUCGAGGAGACGUCCGGCACCGUUGUUUUCGCUGGCCAUGUCAUCGAUCCUACCAAGGAAGAGUAGGUCCGAUCCAAUUUGGACGUGAGAUGUUAAGCAUUAGACGAGCUAGCUAGCAGAGUUAACCAUGGAAUCGAACUUUAGCAUUACCCAACUCUAACAAA